AUGUUCCCUGUAACUUUGCUGCAGCUGCUGCUGCUGGCUGUGGGAUUCUAUGUGAAGUGUGAACAGCUGACCCAGCCAGCCUCCUUAACGGUACAACCAGAUCAGCCUCUGACCAUCAGCUGUCAGGUCUCUUAUUCUCUGAGCAGCUAUCGCACACACUGGAUCAGACAGCCUCCAGGGAAAGGACUGGAGUGGAUUGGUAGUGUACGCAUUGGAUAUAACACAUACUACAGAGAUUCACUAAAGAAUAGGUUUAGUAUAACCUUACAGGAUUCCAGUAAAACAGUGACUCUGAAUGGACAGAAUUUGCAGCCUGAAGACUCUGCUGUGUAUUACUGUGCCAGAACUACUUCGACUACUGGGGACAGGGGACCGAAGUCACAGUAUCAUCAGAGACAUCUUCAUCUCCAACUCUGUUCCCACUCACUCCAUGUGAUUCUGAGAGUGGGGAUAGUGUCACCAUUGGCUGUCUCGCCCAGGACUUUUUUCCAAAAGGUGUUACGUUCCAGUGGACCAAUGCCGGCAAAACUAAAGUGGCUUCUGAGCAGUAUAUUUUUCCUCAAAAUAACGCCAACAACAGAUUCACUGGAGUCAGUGUGAUCAGCGUGCCAAGAUCGGAGGCUUUGUCCUACAACUGUUCUCUCACUCAUCCUACAGGAGAAAAAUCUGUGCAAGUGGGAGAUGUCAUCUCACCUCCACAUGUAACAUUGCUCUCAGUGCCAGAAGGAGACAAACAGGUCUUGGUCUGUUCCAUCAAAGACUUUGCCCCCAAACAACUGUCAGUCAGUUGGAAGAAAAACAACAACAACAUUGUGACUGGCUUCAGUAGCUUCGAUCCCCAAAAAAGUGGAGCUGUUUAUUCGGCUGUCAGCAUCUUAACAGUUGACAAAACCGACUGGGACAAGAAAGCUGUUUACACCUGUGGGGUCACUCACAAGGGACAAAAUUACGAAAAGAAGGCCUCAACAGCACCUAUUACAGUGAAACUGAGCCCUCCCAGUCCUAAAGCAAUGUUCUCCAAUAAAAAAGCAGAGCUAAAAUGUGUUGUUACUGGACAAGAUGGAAGCAUUUUAUCAAGUACUACUGUUAAUUGGUACAUUAAUGGACAGCAAGUGACCAACGGGAUAACUGAUGGUAGCAAUUCAGGAGAAAAAUACAGCACAUUAACUCGAAACCUUGCUGAAUGGAAGAAAGUCAACACAGUGAGCUGCUCUGCCACAAGAAUCGACAUGGCACCAGUAAGUCAGAGUCUGACUGUCAACAGAGGAAAUGAAGAGCCCAACAUUGAAGUCCAAAUUGUUCCAAAUAGCACAGACAGUGAAGUCACUCUGGUGUGUCUGGUCACCAGUCAGAGGCUGCAAGAUUACUACAUCGCCUGGUCAGAAAGUUCUGGGAAAGAUGCUGAAAAUUUCAAUGAUGGGAUUAACUUGCCCACACAGAAGAUAAGGAACAGUUACUUGGUUUCAAGCCUCUACACCAUCACCAAGGACAGCUGGAACAGAAACAUGUUCAGCUGCAAUGUUUGGCCUGCAGGCAGUGAUCAAGCUGUCAAACCUCGAUAUGUGUCCAGGUUUUCUGAUCAUGCAGCACCUAUUACUGUGAAACUGAGCCCUCCCAGUCCUAAGGCAAUGUUCUCCAAUAAACAAGCAGAGCUCAAAUGUGUUGUUACUGGACAGGAUAGAAGCAUUUUAUCUGAUACUAACAUCAGUUGGUACAUUAAUGGACAGCAAGUGACCAAUGGGAUAACUGAUGGCAGCAAUUCAGGAGAAAAAUACAGCACAUUAACUCGAGACCUUAAAGAAUGGAAGAAAGUCCACACAGUGAGCUGCUCUGCCACAAGAAUCGACAUGGCACCAGUAACUCAGAGUCUGACUGUCAACAGAGGAAAUGAAGAGCCCAACAUUGAAGUCCAAAUUGCUCCAAAUAGCACAGACAGUGAAGUCACUCUGGUGUGUCUGGUCACCAGUCAGAGGCUGCAAGAUUACUACAUCGCCUGGUCAGAAAGUUCUGGGAAAGAUCCUGAAAAUUUCACUGAUGGGAUUAACUUGCCCACACAGAAGAUAAGGAACAGUUACUUGGUUUCAAGCCUCUACACCAUCACCAAGGACAGCUGGAACAGAAACAUGUUCAGCUGCAAUGUUUGGCCUGCAGGCAGUGAUCAAGCUGUCAAACCUCGAUAUGUGUCCAGGUUCUCAGAUCAUGCAGCACCUGUUACUGUGAAACUGAGCCCUCCCAGUCCUAAGGCAAUGUUCUCCAAUAAACAAGCAGAGCUCAAAUGUGUUGUUACUGGACAGGAUAGAAGCAUUUUAUCUGAUACUAAGAUCAGUUGGAACAUUAAUGGACAGCAGGUGACUAAUGGGACAAACGAUAGUGGCAAUUCAGGAGAAAAAUACAGCACAUUAACUCGAAACCUUAAUGAAUGGAACAAAGUCAACACAGUGAGCUGCUCUGCCACGAUCAACGACAUGACACCAGUAACUCAGAGUCUGACUGUCAACAGAGGAAUUGAAGAGCCCAAAAUUCAAGUCCUACUUCCUUCAGGGAGCACAGACAGUGAAGUCACUCUGGUGUGUCUGGUCACCAGUUCAAAGGAGCAAGAUUACUACAUCGCUUGGUCAGAAAGCUCUGGGUAUAAUUCUGGAACAUUCAUUGACGGGAUUACCUUGCCCACACAGAAGAUCAACAAUAGUUACUUGGUUUCAAGCCUUUACACCAUCAACAAGAAAAAGUGGGAGGGAACUGACCAGUUCAGCUGUAAUGUAUGGCCUGCUGGUCGUGAAAAAGCUAGCAGCCCCCAAUCUGCAUCUAAGUACUCAGGAUGUACAGGUUUCUACUCAGUCAUAAAUGAGACAAUCGCUUUGAGUUGCAUUGAAAAUGCCACUGAAGGAGAAGACUUCAACAGCUUGUGGUCCACAGCCUCCUCAUUCAUCUUCCUCUUCAUCUUCUCUCUCUCCUAUAGCAUGAUUUUAAGCCUGGUUCAGAUGAAGAAACAAUAGAGAUUCCAGUGGACACAGCAAAAAAAAUAAUGACUGCCAAUAUUUACAAGACCUUUCACAUGUUUUAUGUCAUGUUAUAAUAUAUUAAAUAUUUUAAAAUGUGAAACAUUCUGGUGUUUCUUGGGUAUAAAAAGUUUUCAGUAAUGAUAUAGUGAAACAUAGCAGCUUUUUGUCCUUCUAUAAUAUGUUUUUUUUACAUGCAUUUUAAAAUGAGUCUCAUCCAUUUAUUUCUGUUAGAAAAUAUUUUUAGCGCUACUUCUGUAAUGAGAUAGUAAUAUUGCUAACAAGGCUUAUUAAUUCGUAAUGUUUCUUUUAAGCAAAAAUUUAAUUUUCUUUCUUACAUGAGUGCCUCUUUGCUUUUCAUGAACCUGUUUUUUCAGUUACAUGCCGGUGUUUCUGCAGUUUUCUAGAAAAUUAUUUUUAGAAAUAUAUUUGAAUGUGCUUCUAUACCUCUGGGACAUCAGCUGAAACUUUGCAGAAACAGUCAAAGUUAAACUUCAUGGAAAGAACAGAUAAGGCAUAUUUGCAUUUUGUUUCUGUACUACCGAGGGAGUCUGUAAUUUUUUAAAAGCGAAAGGAAAAUAGUGUGCACAAUUAAAAUAAAUUUUUAAAAUCUGCCAAUAAA